GUGAUGUUGUCUGGCUCUUUUGUUUUGAUUUUUGAGAGUAGCUCUGUCUGGCCUGGAACUUCCCUUGUAGACCAGGCCAGCCUUGAACUUGCUACAGUCCUCCUGUUCUUCCUCACAACUGCUGGGAUUGCAGUGGUGUCAGCAAAGCCCAAGGUGCACAGCCGCCAGCCGAGGAUCAACUCCUACGUGGAGGUGGCAGUAGAUGGACUCCCCAGUGAGACCAAGAAGACCGGGAAGCGCAUCGGGAGCUCGGAGCUUCUGUGGAAUGAAGUCAUCGUCCUGAAUGUCACAGCCCAGAGUCAUUUAGAUCUGAAGGUCUGGAGCUGUCACACCUUGAGGAAUGAACUACUAGGCACUGCCUCUGUCAACCUCUCCAAUGUCCUGAAGAACAAUGGCGGCAAAAUGGAGAACACACAACUGACCCUGAACCUGCAGACGGAGAACAAAGGCAGUGUUGUUUCAGGAGGAGAGCUGACAAUUUUCCUGGAUGGGCCAACUGUUGAUCUGGGAAGCGUGCCUAAUGGCAGUGCUGUGACAGACGGAUCACAGCCACCUUCAAGAGAAUCCAGUGGGACAGCUAUAGGUGCAGAGACCCGGCACCAGCCCCCUAGUACCAACUGCUUUGGUGGCAGAUCCCGGACGCACAGGCACUCAGGUGGCACAGCCAGGACAGCCACAGCAGCCGGUGAACAAAGCCCUGGUGCUAGGAACCGGCACCGCCAGCCCGUGAAGAACCCCAGCAGCAGUGGCUUAGCCAAUGGCACAGUGAAUGAGGAACCUACUGCAGCCAGUGAUCCUGAAGAACCUUCUGUUGUUGGUGUGACAUCCCCACCUGCUGCAGCCUUGAAUGUGUCCCCAAACCCUAACAGGACAUCUCUCCCUGAACCAUCCACACCUGCUGAGGGAGAGGAGCCCAGCACUUCUGGGACACAGCAGCUCCCUGCUGCUGCCCAGGCCCCUGAUGCUCUUCCUGCUGGAUGGGAACAGAGAGAGCUACCCAACGGGCGCAUCUAUUAUGUUGACCACAAUACCAAGACCACCACCUGGGAGCGGCCUCUUCCUCCAGGGUGGGAAAAGCGCACAGACCCCCGAGGAAGGUUCUACUAUGUGGAUCACAACACCCGGACGACCACCUGGCAGCGCCCAACUGCUGAGUACGUGCGCAACUAUGAGCAGUGGCAGUCCCAGCGGAAUCAGCUGCAGGGGGCCAUGCAGCACUUCAGCCAAAGAUUCCUGUACCAGUCUUCAAGUGCUUCGACUGACCAUGAUCCCCUGGGCCCCCUCCCGCCUGGCUGGGAGAAGAGGCAGGACAAUGGACGGGUGUAUUACGUGAACCACAACACACGAACUACCCAAUGGGAGGACCCUCGGACCCAAGGGAUGAUACAGGAGCCGGCCCUACCCCCAGGCUGGGAGAUGAAAUACACCAGUGAGGGUGUGCGGUACUUUGUGGACCACAAUACCCGCACUACCACCUUUAAGGAUCCUCGCCCAGGGUUUGAGUCAGGGACAAAGCAAGGCUCCCCUGGUGCUUACGACCGAAGCUUUCGCUGGAAGUAUCACCAGUUCCGGUUCCUCUGCCAUUCCAAUGCCCUCCCCAGCCACGUGAAGAUCAGCGUUUCGAGGCAGACACUCUUUGAGGAUUCUUUCCAACAGAUUAUGAACAUGAAACCUUACGACCUGCGCCGCCGGCUCUACAUCAUCAUGCGUGGUGAGGAGGGCCUGGACUACGGCGGCAUCGCCAGAGAGUGGUUUUUCCUCCUGUCCCAUGAGGUGCUCAACCCUAUGUACUGUUUAUUUGAGUAUGCUGGGAAGAACAAUUACUGCCUGCAGAUCAACCCGGCCUCUUCCAUCAACCCUGAUCACCUCACCUACUUCCGCUUUAUCGGCAGAUUCAUCGCCAUGGCUUUAUACCAUGGCAAGUUCAUCGACACCGGCUUCACCCUCCCUUUCUAUAAGCGGAUGCUCAACAAGAGACCGACCCUGAAGGACCUGGAGUCUAUCGACCCUGAGUUUUACAACUCCAUUGUCUGGAUCAAAGAGAACAACCUGGAAGAGUGUGGCCUGGAGCUGUUCUUCAUCCAGGACAUGGAGAUCCUGGGCAAGGUGACAACCCAUGAGCUGAAGGAAGGCGGCGAGAACAUCCGAGUUACAGAGGAAAACAAGGAAGAGUACAUCAUGCUGCUGACUGACUGGCGGUUUACCCGAGGCGUGGAAGAACAGACCAAAGCCUUCCUGGACGGCUUCAAUGAGGUGGCCCCUCUGGAGUGGUUGCGCUAUUUUGAUGAGAAAGAGCUGGAGCUGAUGCUGUGCGGCAUGCAAGAGAUAGACAUGAGCGACUGGCAGAAGAACGCCAUCUACCGGCACUACACCAAGAGUAGCAAGCAGAUCCAGUGGUUCUGGCAGGUGGUGAAAGAGAUGGACAACGAGAAGAGGAUCCGGCUCCUGCAGUUUGUCACGGGAACCUGCCGCCUGCCUGUUGGGGGGUUUGCAGAACUCAUUGGGAGCAAUGGACCCCAGAAAUUCUGCAUUGACAGAGUUGGCAAGGAAACCUGGCUGCCCCGGAGCCAUACGUGCUUCAACCGUCUGGAUCUGCCACCCUAUAAGAGCUAUGAACAGCUGAAAGAGAAGCUGCUGUACGCCAUCGAGGAGACAGAGGGCUUUGGACAGGAGUAGCCAAGGCUGCCCCUCCCGUGCCCUCCAACACAUGAAGUCCCGAGUCCUUCCUCCUGAGAUGCCACCAGCUGCACAGCCCUUAGGAGGCCCCUUUGGACAGUGGCCCUGCACAGGACCAUGCUUUGAUCAUGCCAGAGACUGAAGAGUCUGACCCCAAGAGGCCUUGGGGACCCCUUCUCCUAUCUGAGGAUGGCGGUCUGGAAUAAAGUCCCCUGUCACCUUUGACUCCAUCACCUGUUGCAAAGUCAGAGGGGCUGUGCUUCUCUGCAAAAAUUCCCCCUCUUCUAGGACCAAGUCUUGGUGUGUGUGCGUGUGUGAGGGAACAUGCCACAGAAGCUGGGCCUCACGUAUUAGAGGAGAUAGGCCAUAUGGGCUGGCUGGCUGGACCCAGAAAGCCAGGGUCUUUGCCUGCAGAAUAGGCUCUGCUUUCAUAGAGCUUUCCUGCAGUCUGUGUGGAACAGGCCUAGGGAGCAACUCUGCAUCAAACCUGUCUUUGCUUUACUCCCUGACAGGCUGCCGCCAAGGGGACUGAGCAGCGGGCACUCAGGGCCACCAGCUUGUCUCUUCCUAGCAAGCAAAGGGUUGAAGAAUCACUGUGUGUCAGUGGGAAGGAAACAGCAGACA